AAGAAGAUGAAUUGUUGUGGGGGCACAAAGAAGAUUAGCCAAUGAAAUUCAAUAUUUAUCCAGAGGCACAAAGAAGAUUAACCAAUGAAAUUCAAUAUUUCUCUAGGCGCACAGGCCCUCACCGGUCCUUGUGCACAGGCCCUCACCGGUCCUUCAUUGGCUCCGCCAAUGCUGUCAGCGGCAUUGAAGAAACCAAACGUGACAAAAAUGUGAAAUUUAUUGUCCAAGAAAUUUGUUUUGAUUCUAAACAGAAAAUUCCAGAGAGAGCUGGGCUGUGACAUCAUAGUAAGAGAGACACAGAGAGGAGAGAGAAGCUGAAAAUGGCGAGUGACGGAGUGGAAGUGAGUAACAAGCAGGUGAUAUUCAAAGACUAUGUGACCGGGUUCCCCAAAGAAUCCGACAUGGAAUUGAGGACGUCCACAGCCAAACUCAAGCUUCCACAAGGGUCGACUGGCCUUGUCGUCAAGAACCUAUACUUGUCCUGCGAUCCUUACUUACGCGGCCAUAUGACCAAGCACGACAGGCCCUCUUAUGUCCAAUCCUUCAACCCCGGCCAGACUGUAACUGGUUAUGGAGUCGCUAAAGUCCUGGAAUCUGGGGAUCCAAAGUUUAAGCCAGGCGACUUGGUUUGGGGUCCUACUGGCUGGGAAGAAUAUAGUGUCAUCACUGCCACAGAGUCUCUGUUUAAAAUUCACCACACUGAUGUGCCUCUCUCUUACUAUACUGGACUUCUCGGUAUGGCUGGAUUGACUGCUUAUGCUGGGUUUUUUGAGUUUUGCUCUCCUAAGAAAGGAGAGACUAUCUACAUUUCAGCCGCAUCUGGAGCAGUAGGUCAGCUUGUUGGCCAAUUUGCAAAGUUGACAGGUUGCUAUGUUGUUGGGAGUGCUGGAAGCAAGAAAAAGGUUGAUCUGCUGAAGAACAAAUUCGGAUUUGAUGAGGCUUUCAACUAUAAAGACGAACCUGACCUGGAUGCAGCUUUAAGAAGGUAUUUUCCUGAUGGUAUUGACAUUUACUUUGAGAAUGUGGGGGGAAAGAUGCUUGAUGCAGUGCUACCAAACAUGAGGCUGAAAGGGCGAAUAGCAGUGUGUGGGAUGAUAUCUCAGUACAACUUGGAGAAGCCUGAAGGCAUACAUAAUUUGAUGUCUCUGAUUGUUAAGCAGGUCCGCAUGGAAGGUUUCCUGGUGAGCAGUUACUGUCAUCUGUAUGGAAAGUUUCUUGAAACAGUGUUGCCUGCCAUAAAAGAAGGGAAGAUUACAUAUGUGGAAGAUGUAGUUGAAGGCCUUGAGAACGCUCCUGCAGCUCUGAUUGGGCUCUUUGCUGGCCGCAACGUGGGAAAGCAGGUUGUUGUAGUUUCCAGGGAGUGAUUACUAAUCCGGCUCCAUCUGUACUUCUGAAGUCCGAGUCAUUUGUUUUUAUGUUAAGUUGUUUAAGCCCAUCUGCAGUGCACCUUGGUAUAUGUAAUGAACUUUGUAUCAGGUAUAUGGUUAGCUUGCUUUGGAUAUUGCAUUUUAUGUC